CCCAGGCACCCAGGGCAUUUCUUUCUAAACACUAGAUCACCAUCUGCCCAGGCUGGGCCUGGUGCUGGUGGGCAGGAAGAGGCCCCGUGAGCUCAAAAGGGAUCGGAAAGAGGAAGCAGACUGAGAGAGAUGGUGGGAGGGCCCAGGGAGUGUGGUAACCUGAAGAGAAACAGCAAUGACUGAAAUUUGUUGUUCUCUGCCCAGCGCCUGGGGAAGCUGGCUGGGAGUCUGGGCAAGUCACGGGAAGUCACUAGGCAGGAAGUCAGGGCCUGCUGAGUGGUAAACCAGAACCUCAGCCUGGCGCGCUCUCCCAGAGCAGAUGCUGGUUGGGAGCUCAGAGCACACUUAACCCUACUCCAUCUCUUCCCAGAGCUGCGGAUAAAAUCCAGCUUUGUCACACCGCUGGAGAAGUCCUAUGGCACCAGGCCCAGAAUCCUGACCGGCAACCCUCGCUUGGACCUUCAGGAGGUUAACAACUGGGUGCAGGCCCAGAUGAAAGGGAAAAUCGCUAGGUCCACCCAGGAAAUACCCAGUGGAGUCAGCAUUCUCCUCCUCGGUGUGGCUCACUUCAAGGGGCAGUGGGUAACAAAGUUUGACUCCAGAAAGACUUCCCUUCAGGAUUUCCACUUGGAUGAGGAGAGGACUGUGAGAGUCCCCAUGAUGUCAGACCCUAAGGCCAUCUUACGCUAUGGCUUGGACUCUGAUCUCAACUGCAAGAUUGCCCAGCUGCCCCUGACUGGCAGCAUGAGUAUCAUCUUCUUCCUGCCUCUGAAAGUAACCCAGAACUUGACCAUGAUAGAAGAGAGCCUCACCUCUGAGUUCAUUCAUGACAUAGACCGAGAACUGAAGACUAUUCAGGCAGUCCUGACCAUCCCCAAGCUGAAGCUGAGUUACGAAGGCGAAGUCACUAAGUCCCUGCAGGAGAUGAAACUGCAAUCCUUGUUUGAUUCGCCCGACUUUAGCAAGAUCACAGGCAAACCUAUUAAACUUACCCAAGUGGAACAUCGAUCUGGCUUCGAGUGGAACGAGGAUGGGGCAGGCACCGCACCCAGCCCAGGACUCCAGCCUGCCCACCUCACCUUUCCCCUGGACUAUCACCUUAACCAACCUUUCAUCUUUGUACUGAGAGACACAGACACGGGGGCCCUUCUCUUCAUAGGCAAAAUUCUGGACCCCAGGGGCAUUUAACGGUGCAGUUUCACAUUCAAAUACCCUGGAGGAACAAAACCCUCAAGGGAUGGCAGAUUACAUAUGACAGGAAGCCUGCCCCCAUGUUGUUUCAGUGUAUACUUUGCAAUAAAGUGCUUUAUCCUUAA